AUGGCAAAUCAAGCUGGUGCCUCUUCCACUUCUCUUCUGCUGGGAUUUGAAGACGAUGAGAGCGAUUUAAUAUACGGAGCCGAAUCGGGUUGGGUCGAAGCCCGAACAUCAUGCGAUCACUUGGCUUCUCUUUCGUCUGAUCUUUCUCACAUUCCAACUCCUGAUACUCCUUGCAACAGCCGUUUUGUGAAUAAGCAUAUGUUACAACAUUUUCAGCAAACCAGCCAUUGUUUGGCUCUCAGUUAUAGUGAUCUGUCAGUUUGGUGUUUUGCUUGUGACUCGUAUCUAGAUGCUCAACUCAUUAUGCAACUGAGACCUGUUUACGAGACUGCCUAUAUAUUGAAAUUUGGUGAGGCACCUCCAUUUCGUUCCAUCCGAUGUUCACAAGGCAAUCAAGCUGAGGGUGCAUCCUCAGGCACUUAA